AUGAAUAUUUCUGAAAAUGAUAUGUAUUAGUUAAUACUAGCAAUUAACAAACGAUCAAUGUUUAAAACUCAAUUUGACAUUGAGUUUAUUCACACUAAAUUAUAAGACUAACCAUUUUUUAGGAAUAUGCAUCGACAGAUUGGAGAUACUUAAUACUAUAAAAUCUUAAAAGAACUUCAAUAUGAAUGUCAUCUACCAUAUGAGCCAUAGGUUUAGAUAGGAAAUUAAAGCACUAAACUUUAUUUUAUACUUGUUGGUAAAUUUCUAAUCCUCACUCGAAAUCACUUAUCAUAAAUUUAAUUGCCAUCUGAAAUGUAAUCUAAUUUAGUAUAUCAAGUUAAAAGAAAAUAGAUGUAUAAUACUCUUAACUCCAUCCAUUAGGUUAUUUAUAUCCAGGUUAAUAUUUUGGAGAAUAAGUUAUGCUGUUUGAUUAAUCUCAUACAUAAACUGUUUUACCUUUAGAAAAAUCACAUCUAAUUGUCUUAAAAAGAGAGACAUAUAGAAGAAUUAUUGGUAUAUUAUUGUUUGCUAUUUAAAUUAGAAUAAGAAACUAAAAAAUAAGAAUCAGAACGAUUUGCUAACUUAUGCUAAAUUCCACUCUUUUAGAAAUGGAGUGCUAAAACUAUUAGAUAAUUAAUUUCUGAAAUUUAAGAAUUAAAUUUUACUCCUAAUUAAAUUAUUUAUCAAUAAGGAGAUCCUGUAGAUUCUGUUUAUGUUAUAAUAGAUGGAUAAAUUUAAUUAUAUAGGACAUACAAUAGAAACUCAUUACCUUUAAUUAUUGUGGGAUCUAAAGAAUGCUUUGGAGAAGAUGAAAUACUAACAUAAUUUCGAUCUCAUUCAGCUAAAUCAUUAACCAGCGUUAAACUUUAUAGAAUAUUAAAAAAUAAAUUUUUAGAUAAUAUCCCUUAAGAUUAUACAAGUAAAUAUUUCAAAAAAGAUUCACAUCAUAAAUUGAGUAUUUAUUAAAAUGAAGAUUAAUUUAGAAUAUAUAGAUCAGAAUCUUUAAAGAAUAUAAAUUCACCUGCUAAAAUAAUGUAAAGAAUUUUGACAAGAAAUAAGGAAAAGAAUAAAACACACUAAUCUAUUUCUUUCUAAAAAAUAAAUGAACUAAUUAAGAAAGAUUUUAGAUAAUCUAAUACUCCUACAACUAUUCUUCAAAAAUCUAAUAGUGUACAUGAGCAUACUCGAAUUCAUGCAAAUGGAAAAUUCGAUAAAACAAACUAUUUACUUAGAAAUAUUAAAAUGAGAUCUACUAGCUUAAGCGUAUGGAAAAAACCUAAAUGA